CCCGGAAGAUGGCGGCGGCGGUGGCGGCGCACUCCUGACAGGAACUGCUCUCCGGGCAGCAGUGGUCGGGCGCGGUGCCCGACCCAGCGGGUCCCCCGGGCACCCGGCCACCGCCCCACCCCCCUCCGCGCCAUGGAGCCCGAGCAGGCUGCCCAGAAGCAGCCCCGGCCGCGGAGGCGAAGCCGCCGGGCCUCCGGGCUCAACGCGGACGGCGCCGCGGGACCUUCGGCCGACACCCCCAGGCCGGGGCCCGACGGCCGACAUUCCCUUCGGAGAGGUAGCUCCUUCACAUUUUUAACACCUGGCCCCCAUUGGGACUUCACUUUGAAAAGAAAGCGGAGAGAGAAAGAUGAUGAUGUCAUAAGCCUUAACAGCCUUGAUCUGAAGGAGCCAAGCAAUAAAAGAGUUCGACCUCUCGCCCGGGUCACAUCCUUGGCAAACUUGAUCUCUCCUGUAAGAAAUGGAGCAGUCCGACGCUUUGGUCAAACAAUUCAGUCAUUUACCCUUCGUGGUGACAGCAGAUCCCCGGCUUCUGCCCAGAAGUCAUCGAGCAGAUCAACAGCCCCCACACCUUCCAAAAGGAGAAGCAGUGUGCUGUGGUCCGAGAUGCUGGACGUCAGCAUGAAGGAGUCUUUAACUACCAAAGAAAUCAAACGUCAGGAGGCAAUAUAUGAAAUGUCCCGAGGUGAACAGGAUUUAAUUGAGGAUCUCAAGCUUGCAAGAAAGGCCUACCAUGACCCCAUGUUAAAGCUGUCUAUUAUGUCAGAGGAGGAACUCACCCAGAUAUUUGGUGAUUUGGACGCUUACAUACCUCUCCAUGAAGAUCUGUUGGCAAGAAUAGCAGAAGCAACGAAACCUGGUGGAACAGUGGAGCAGAUCGGUCAUGUUCUUGUGAACUGGUUGCCGGGCCUGAAUGCCUACAAAGGCUACUGUAGUAACCAGUUGGCGGCCAAAGUUCUUCUUGAUCAGAAGAAACAGGACCCGAGAGUCCAAGACUUCCUCCAGCGGUGUCUUGAGUCUCCCUUCAGUCGAAAACUAGAUCUUUGGAGCUUCCUAGAUAUUCCUCGAAGCCGCCUGGUCAAAUACCCUUUGCUAUUAAAAGAAAUUCUUAGACACACUCCAAAAGACCACCCUGAUGUUCAGCUUCUGGAGGAAGCUAUACUGAUAAUACAAGGAGUUCUCUCUGAUAUCAACUUGAAGAAAGGCGAAUCGGAAUGCCAGUAUUACAUUGACAAGCUGGAGUAUCUGGACGAAAAGCAGAAGGACCCUAGAAUUGAAGCAAGCAAAGUGCUGCUGUGCCACGGGGAACUGAAGAAUAAAAGUGGACAUAAACUGCACAUAUUCCUGUUUCAAGACAUCUUGGUUUUGACACGGCCUGUUACACGAAAUGAGCGUCACUCUUACCAGGUUUAUCGGCAGCCGAUCCCCGUCCAAGAGCUGGUCUUGGAAGACCUGCAGGAUGGAGACGUGCGAAUGGGAGGGUCCUUUCGAGGGGCUUUCGGCAACUCAGACAAAGCUAAAAAUAUCUUUCGAGUUCGCUUCCAAGACCCGUGUCCGGGCCAGUCCCACACCCUGCAGGCCAACGACGUGUUCCACAAGCAGCAGUGGUUCAACUGCAUCCGCACCGCCAUCGCGCCCUUCCAGCCGGCCGCCGGCGCACCCCAGCCGCCCGCGGAGGGUGAGGAGAACACCCCCGCCGCCGCCGGGACCGCCGCGCUCCAGAGAAGGGCGUCCGUGGCCUCCGGUGUGACUCAGGUGGAAGUCGGCGGAGACGCUCCGGAGUGCGGCUCCCCGGGGCGCGCGCCAGAUGACACGAAGGGUGCGAGAGCUCAGCAGACACGGUCCGGCUUCCGGAAGACGAGGGACACAGCCCCGUUCGGUGGCAAACGGAAAGAGACUUUGGUAUAAAGGAAGUUCUGUGUAUUCACUGGUGGAGAGACUGUUUAUUUAUAAAUGUGUACAGUUUUUUUUCGUGUAAUGUGAGCGUGGGAGCGUCGCAGGGCUACUACUUACGACCGGUCCUAGCAUUUUCUGUGUUUUCGGUUGGUUUUGGUUGUUGUUCCUUUUUUUUUUUUUUUUUUUUUAAUGGCAGCUAAAGAUAUACGCAGAUUACUGUUAAACUGUAGCCCCCCCCCCCUUUUUUUUAAAGAUGUUUUCCUCAGAUUAUUUAGAACAUGCAAGCCUGGUAUUUUUAAUCCAAUGAAAUAUUUAUGAAAUGGAUUUUCUCUUUAUUCUGCAUUCAUCGUGACUUUCUAAUACCAACCAAUUGUGAUAUUUACAAUAUUUGCUAAAACCUAAAGUUUUGCAAAUAUGGGAUUUUACCAGUGUUUCUUUGAUAAACUUUACAUGCAACUAAAAUCUAUGUGGAAUAUGUUUGUAAUAUUUCAGAACUUAACACUGAAACAUAAAUUCCUUGGAAAACAAACCAUAAGACUUAAUUAAGUUUUCCAUUGUAUCAACUGGAAUGCUUUAUAUUUGUUUUUCACUGCACAUUCCUCAUUUUUCAUCCAUUUAAACUGCCAAAUACUUAAUUUUUUUAAAUUUGUAAAGUAGUUUUUAGUAUUUGCUUUGAUUUUUUUUUUUACUUCAAUGCUUUUGCCUUUUCAAUUGGCAUGUCUUUAAAGUAUUCUUCCUCUUUGAUUAAAAAUGUGUGUGUAUGUGUGUGUGUGUGUGUAUAUAUAUAUAUACAUAUAUAUAUAUCUUUUUUUUAAAUCAGUGACUUUACCAAGUGAAACCAAGCCAUACUGUUUUUGAGCCAAUUAAGAAAAUUGCAGUUUUUUAAAGUGUAGCAUUCAGAGUGGAGACCACACAUGAAAUGACUCCGUAUAUACUGAAAGAAAACUGCCAUAAGGAUUUUGUUAAAAGUUUUAGUGUCUGAAAAGCAAGAGGGAAGGCAACUGACCGGUAAUAAGUUUAAAAAAAAAAAAAAAGGGGUCUAAGAGAGUAGUUUUGUCUUAAAGUAAAAAUGUCUGGUUGUUCCAGAACAUGAAAGGAGAUAGUAAAAGCUAAACUCGAGGGUGUGUAGUAAGUUGUAGAAGGCUUGGGGGAAGUGAAUUUAAUUUGCCUUGGUUUACGGGUUUGAGAAGAAGCAAUGAAAUGUGUGAACAUUUGACCGUAUUAGAUCAGUUCUGGUGGAUUUAUUCAUAAGAGGGAAAACGACUGAUGGAUCUUUUACUGUAAAAUGUUUCUUGUUCAGAUGAGGCCAUAGUCUUUAAGCCCUGUGUCAUGGCAGAUUUCUAAUGGUGAUCAAUUCCAGUAAAUGUUGACUAUUAUGUGAACUAUAUCUGGCCAGUGGAAAUGAAAAUUGAAAAAGACUGUAAAUAGAUAAUCCAAAUGA